AUGUUUUGGAAUUGUAAUUUCUUUAUAAAGAAUUGCUUUAUUUUAUCAUUUCAUAUUUUGAUAAUAUUUGGAAUAUCAACUUUCUUAAAUUUGUUACCAAUCGGUGAUGUUAAAGGGGAUAUAAAAACAAAAAAUAAGAGAAAGAAGAUGGAGAAAAAAGGAAAAAUGAAGAGACAUAUAUCAGAAAAAUUUAGUAAAGGUUUAUGUUGCCUAUUUGAUAUACUUAUGAGAAAUCUUAUUUACAAUUUAUAUUACGCAUUUGAUCAAAUUAAAGAAAAUAAUUAUAUCAAGAAUGUUGGGAAGGAACUGACGAAAAAACAAAUAUGUAAAAAGAAUUUGGACAAAUCCAAGAAAAAUAUAGAAAAAUGCAUAAAUUUAAGUUUAACCGUUUUAAGAAUUAUGGAAGGAAAUAAGAAUUAUUUUAUUCAGCAUAUUUUAGAUAACUAUGCUUCUAUUAAAUCAAAUAGGGAUGAAAAAAAGUAUAAAAAUAAAUUUGAUGAUUCACAUUGGAUGUAUCAUAUGUAUAAAUAUUCAGUCCCAUUAAACGAAGCUUAUAAACAUAGUCAUUUUUAUGAUAUAAAUGUGGAUGAAGAGAAACAAAUUUUUAUAAAAAAUAGACAUAUUAAGGCUUAUACUAAUCAAUUUAAUGUUAUAGAUACAUUUAUAGAUAAACAUAAGAAAUAUUCAAAGGAGGAUUUAAUAAAAGAACUUAAUAAUUUGCUACAUAUACAUUAUUUGAAUGAUAAUACAAUUAAUAGAGAAACUAUUGAAAAGGAAAAUCAGAUAACAAAUGACAAUUUAAUUGAUGAUGAUUUGGUUACUAACGAUUUGUUCUCAGAAUAUUUUAAUAAUUGUAAAAAAAGUAAUAAACUGAAUAUUUUAAUAAAAGAAGUUAAUUUAAAUAGUUUAAAAAAUUUCCAUAAUAUUCUAUAUAAAAAUAUUAAUUUUAUAAGGACAUUUAAUGAAAUAAAUGAUGAUGAAAAUAGUGAUAUGAAGAAUAUUGAAAUUUCUGAAAUAUUUCACAUGUAA